AUGGGGGUGUUGCAGCGCGUUCCCGUCUGGGAUGGUGGCGAGAACGGCGGCGGCGGCGGCGACAGGGGAGUCGGCUCUGUCGGCGGCGAGGUUUGCGUCGAGGGAGAUGGUGACGACGGCGGAGGGGGCGAGGGCCUCGGGCUGGGCGGCGGCGGCGACGGCGGCGGCAAGCUGGGCGGCGGCAAGCUGGGCGGCGGCAAGCUGGGCGGCGGCAAGCUGGGCGGCGGCAAGCUGGGCGGCGGCAAGCUGGGCGGCGGCAAGCUGGGCGGCGAUCGCGAGGGCGGCGGGCUAGGCGGCGGCGGCGAAAACGGCGGACUCUGCGGUGGCGGCGAGGGCGGCGGGCUGGGCGGUGGCGGGUUUGGCGGCGAGGGCGAGGGCGGCGGGCGGGGCAACGUAGUUGGAGGCUCGCUUGGAAAAGCGGAGACGGUCGUGGCGACGGCGGGGUGGAGGGCGGCGCCGGCGUGGGCGGCGGAGGGGCAGGUGGAGGCUGCGCUGGGAAAGGCGGAGAGGGUCGUGGCGACGGCGGGGUGGAGGGCGGCGGCGGCGUGGGCGGCGGAGGGGCAGGUGGCGGCGGCGUGGAAGGCGGCGGCGACGGCGAGGCGCUUGCUGAUGCGAACCGGCACGGCGCCACUUGUGACGCUCGACGAUGACCGGGUUUGCACGAUUUGCGUGGCGCUCCUCGGCCAGUUUAGCAAGGUUGAGGAGAUGCUCGAGGAGAGUGGCAGCACCUCAAAGGCUUUGGACUUUGAGGGCUUUAGCGAACUCGUCGACCAGCUCGAGGUGCAAAAGUGCUCCCAGCCCGACCGGCAGGCCAUCUUUGCCAUGAUUGACCGGGACGACAGUCGCACGAUAGACGCAAGCGAGCUGAAGGACGCCCUUCGGUCCUCGGGUGCAAUCACGCGGAUGUACGACGACAGCCUCCGGACUUUUGGGCUCCUCCUCGCGGCGACGCUCGCCUUUGACGGCGGCGUCUGGCUUGCCAAGGGCGGCGCGGCAGCGUUUGACUUCUUGACGGCCUAUGUGGUGGAGGACUCGCUCUCUGUCGACAACCUCUUCGUCUUCCUGCUCAUCUUUCGCUACUUCAAGGUGCCGCCCGGCUCGGUCGAUAAGUGCCUCAACUACGGCAUUGCCGGCUCCAUCCUGCUGCGUGGCGUCUUCAUCUUUGCCGGCCUCGCGGCGACGAGCGCCUUUGCGCCGCUGCUACUGGGCUUCUCGGCCUUCCUGCUCUUCUCGUCGUACCAGCUGCUCUCGGGCGCGGACGACGACGACGACGACGCCGAGCUGCCUGGCGUCGUCAUCGAGUUGCUCGAGCGCUUGCCGCUCACGGGCACCUUCGAGGGCGACAGGCUCACGGUGCCGAACGAGGCGGGGGCGGGGGUCCUCUUCACGCAGCUGACGGCCACCCUCGUCUCGAUCGCGCUGUGUGACGUGAUCUUUGCCGUCGACUCGAUCCCUGCCGUGCUCGCGGUAAGCGACGACCCUUUUGUGGUGUACUCGUCGAACAUCGCCGCCGUCGUGGGGCUGCGCUCGCUCUACCAGCUGCUCUCUGUCGCCGUCUCGGACCUCGUCUACCUCGAGAAGGCGGUCGCCCUCGUGCUCGGGUUCGUCGGGCUCAAGCUCGGCCUCGAGGUGGCGGGCGUCGAUGUGAGCUCCGCCCUCUCGCUCACCGUCAUCCUCUCGACGCUCUGCGGCGGCGUGGUGCUGUCGCAGCAGGCCGACGCGGACGAGAAGGAGGCCUACUCGCCGCACGCGCCGCAGGCUGUCGGCCUCGCCCUCGCCUCUGCGUUCGUGAGGCUGCGGGCAGCGGCAGCGGCGCUCAAGAGACUGGCCCGGACGAACAAGGGGUCGGAUGGAGAGUGA